UCUUCAAAUACAAAAUUACAAAGUUUCUCGAAGUCGUCUACGCAGGCGUCUCUCACCAGAUACCCUUAGUUGGCCACUCGCUCUUGGAACAUUAUCAAGAUGUUAUUUGAUCCGCAUGUGGUCUAAAUUGGUAGCGACCAACGUUCAGUACAGCAUUGCGAGUAUUGCAACACGUUGUACAAGAGCUGUUCUACGUCGUGCGAUUGCACAGUGACGGAUCUAAGGAUCGGUAGAGCAUGGAGAAACCAAUAGUUCGAGCGAGAGUGGUGAAGGUCCUUGGCAGGACGGGGUCUCAAGGACAAUGUACGCAGGUCAAAGUGGAAUUUUUGAACGAGCAAAAUAGACAGCUCAUCAGAAACGUCAAAGGUCCUGUGCGCGAAGGAGAUAUUCUAACACUUCUGGAAUCUGAACGUGAAGCUAGAAGACUUCGUUAAGGAUGGAAGAGAAGGAAUAAUUUAUCGCAUACCUUUAUAAGUGGACAGUUGGCGGAAUUUCGGAAAAGCUGUGCUAAAAUUAAAUCUGGAUAUGGCAGCGCAACAAGUAUACACGAUGUCGAAGAAGGAAAAGCGUUCGCACAUGUGUGAUUUCUGCAUUAUUAUUUUCUACUUUAAAAUAAAUGUAUCAAGCAUAUCCCUCCACUUAUGUUUAUAUGAGAAGUGAAUUAUAUUCUCUGGCUAUUUUUUAUCAUGUUAAUAAAUCAGUUAAUGAUAUGUA